AUGUGUACUCCUCUUAGAGCACUGGGGAUGUUUGUUUUUAUCGUCCGUUGUUUCACCGAGGAGGUUCGACCAAUCAGAUUGAAGAGAACGCCGCUCACCCGGGCUACGCUGCGUUCUACAUCUCGCGCUCCGACGUGUACGCAUGCGCAGUUCGCCUCUCUUUCAGGAACUGGUUCAUGUGUUGUUUUUGUGUUACACAUGCAAGGCUACGUUGACUGUCACUGUCAUAUCUCUGCGGGAGAUUUUGACAAGGACAUUGAAGAGGUGAUUGAGAAUUCAAAGAAGGCUGGAUUGUUGGCACUACUAGCUGUGGCCGAACAUGCUGGAGAAUUUGACAAAAUCAUUGAAUUGUCACAGAGGUUCCCAGGUUUUAUUUUCCCCUGUUUAGGAGUACACCCUGUUCAAGAAGUUUCUCCAGACCAACAGAGAGGCGCUACUCUCCAGGAUCUAGAUGCUGCUCUACCUAUCAUAGAGAAAUACAAAGAUCACCUCGUGGCUAUUGGGGAGGUCGGCUUGGAUUUUACACCCAGAUAUGUGAACAAUGAGGGCGAUAAAGACAGUCAAAGGCAGGUUCUCAUUCGUCAGUCACAGAUAGCCAAGGAACUGGAUCUCCCUCUAAAUGUUCACUCACGGUCAGCAGGAAGACCCACCAUCCACCUCCUGAAGGAACAAGGUGUCGAAAAAGCCCUGCUUCAUGCUUUUGAUGGGAAACCCUCUGUUGCCAUGGAGGGAGUGAAGGCUGGAUAUUUCUUUUCUAUCCCUCCGUCCAUAAUACGGAGUGAACAGAAGCAGAAACUCGUGAAACAGUUGCCAUUAGAAAACAUCUGUCUGGAAACUGAUGCUCCUGCUCUUGGUCCGGAAAAGCAGGUGAGAAAUGAGCCAAAAAACAUCAGCGUCUCUGCCGAGUACAUCAGUAAGAUCAAAGGAGUGUCUCUGGAGAAGGUGAUGGAGGUGACGACACAGAACGCUCUCAGACUCUUCCCGAAGUUAAAGGCAGCCAUCCGACCCUGACGCACCCUAAAACGUUGACUUCAUCGAUCAAGAAUUAUCUUUAAGUAAAUGCCCACGACUUUCUGUUACCAAUGUGAUCUUGUAGAUUAACUUAAAGUUCCCUUCCAGACUGUUUUAUGGCAUAUAAAACACUCUCUUU